CGACGCCGCUCGGUCGAUAAACGUCGGCGGAUAAAGUGAAGAAUCGUGGUGGCAUCUAUCAGUGAACAGGAUUUCUAAUGAGGUCUGUGAUCAGUAUACGUUUCCAUUUCCAUACGUUUCGUCACGCGGCUCCGUGACGCACGUGUUUAGCGGCGCGUUUCGUUUGAGGUUCGUGGUGAGGUUAAAAACCCGAUACGGAUAGUUAGAAAAUUCAGCUGGACUGCAAUGGAAGUUGAGUUCGUUAAGAAGAAUCACUCUAAAAUGAAAUCGAAAGCUAGGAUGCAGGCAAGCACCGAAAACGACGGACGAGAUAUAGAAAUUCGUUUCAUAACCAAAGACCCACGAUACGCAAUAGCAGAGCUUCCCUUAUCAGUCCACAAUUCGAUAGAUGCCAAUGAAUUAAACACUCUGAUAAAUGGAUUUUUGGCGGAAUCCAACCUUGUCCAUCACCAAGUAGAGUUUGAUUUCUUGGUUUGCUCACAGUUUCUGCGUACCUCUUUAAUAGAUCACAUCACAGAAAAGGGAAUUCCUUUUGAGAAUCUAAUAGAUGUGGAAUAUAUAGAGAAAUAUCCUUCACCAGAGCCUAAGGAUUGUUUAAUACACGAUGAUUGGGUAUCAGCUAUCGCCGUUCUUGAAAAAUGGAUCUUAACUGGUUCUUAUGACAAUAUGAUACAUAUUUGGACGUUGCAAGGUGAGCAUCUUUUGGAUGUUCCUGGACAUAGAGCUCCAGUCAAAGCAGUAGCCUGGAUAUAUAUUAAUGUCCAUAAUGCUUCCUUCGCUAGUGCAUCAAUGGAUCAGAUAUGCAUGAUAUGGAAUUGGGAUAUGAAGAAGAAUUCUGUGGAAUGUAUAUAUGUCUGCAAGGGACACAGAAGAAGCAUUGAAGCACUCGGCAUUAACUUCGAAAGAACAUUAAUAGCGACUGGCGGCUGGGAUAAUAUGUUACAUUUAUGGUCACUAUCUACACAAGACGAUAACGAAGAAUCUUCAUCGAAAAAGGCAAAAUUGGAACAUGCGAAUAGAACGAAGACGCCAAAAUGCACGAUGAAGGGACACAAACAGGCAAUCAGCGGAAUUAUAUGGUCCGGCAGAAUGGAGAUUAUCACAGGCUCGUGGGAUCAUACUAUAAAAAUUUGGGAUACUGAAUUGGGCGGCAUUAAGCAUGAAAUCCAUGGUGAUAAAUGCUUCUUUGACAUCGAUUAUUCACCACACUCGCGCGCUGUGAUAGCGGGAUCGGCUGAUCAACAUGUGAGGCUGUACGAUCCGAGAUCUACAGAGGGUACAAUUGCGAAAGCUAAAUUCACUUCUCAUACGCAGUGGGUAGCAGCUGUGCAUUGGGCGCCUGAAGAUGAACAUCUUUUUGUUUCGGGAGCGUAUGAUAACACCGUUAAGCUUUGGGACACCAGAAGCCCUAAGGUACCGCUGUUUGAUCUCUUGGGACAUGAAGACAAGGUCCUUGUCUGUGACUGGUCAUAUGAUAAGCUGAUAUUGUCCGGCGGAGCGGACAACACAUUAAGGAUAUUCAAAUCCAAGCCUUUCGACAGUUAAUUACAAAUAUACGGUGAGAUAGAAUUACUAUAAAAUAUAGUGUAUAAUCGGCAUUAAAAAUGACGGAAACACUUGUUUCGUAUCGCAAACUCAUCUCAUGUUAAUAAUUAUUUUAAUUAUUAGGAAAUUGAUUAUUAUUAUACAAAUAUCUAAAAAUCACUUAUGUAAUUUUUUAACAGUCCCUGAUUAAAAUUCUUUUUCUUUGUUAAAUAUGUGUGUAUGUAUGUCGCGAUCUGUGUACACACACGUAUGUAUAUACAUAUAUAUUUUUUUAUACUUUUUGUUAGAGAAAUAAAACUGGUGUAUAGUUAUAAGUCCACUGAGAAAAAUCAAGUGUAUAUUCGAUCAUAUUAAUAUUUAUACGUGAAGAAUAAUAAAAAAUCUGCAGAUAUGUAGAACAGAUGAAUCGUGUCCACAUCAUCUGAUUGAUGUGGACACGAGUCAUCUGUUAUAAUAAUAAAAAAAAGGCAUAAGAAUA